GGCUCGGAGGUUGUGAUGCCUAAAAUGCAGUCUAGAAACUGAGAUGUAUUACCCGCGGAUGUACCAUCCCCUCUUCGUCUGCAUCGGUGGCUUCCCGGUGGCCUCCGGCGCUGGUAAAACCAGCACCGUUGGGAAACCGAGGAAGCCCCCGCUGAUCCCUAGUUUCCUCCCCUUGCGCUCCGCGAGAGAAAUGUACUGGGGAGGGUUUGUGUUGGAACUGGAAGUCAAAGCGGUGCGCCGGCUCUCCCUUUUAUUUCUAUGGCAGAAGGCGCUGCUGCCAUAGAGUUGCCGACGCAACCUAUGGGAACUCUAAGGAAGCAUAGAGGGGGCGGGCGUUCAUGGCUCCCGGAAGUGCGGAGGUCUGUCCCUCCAGCUCUAUGGUUUCCGCGCCCGCGUCGGGGAGGAGGCGUCCGCGGCGGCCGGGAUGGUGCGAUUCAAGAACAGGCUUCUGGAUUGUACAUCAUAAAGGUGCAAGGUAUUUCCUCUGUGAGAUCAUCUCGGAAGACCCCCACUGCCGACAGCUCAUUGAAGAGCGAACAGUGCACAAUGCAGUGAAGAGUGCUGUUGCAAGAAUCCACGGAGACUUUGGCCUAGCGUGCUGCUCCAUAGCUUUUGCAGUAAAGUACCUCAAUGCCUACACGGGAGUAGUCCUGCUCUGUUGCCGGAAAGACUUUUAUCGACUCCUCUGGUCAGCACUGCCCUUUAUCACUCACUUGGAAAACAAGAGCCAGCGUUACCCCUGUUCCGUUAACGUGCUGCACCUCGGAGCUACAAUACGCACGUGUCAAAAGUUCCUAAUUCAGUACAACAGGGAUCAGCUGCUGUCGCUCCUGCAGAACUGCACCAGUGAAGACAGACGAGCCAUCCAGGAGUCGGUGAAGAGCUGUGUCCUGGUGGGAGAGCAGCCACUCCAGAGUAUGGAUGAAGAAAGCGAUGAGAGCAUGGAGACAGCCUGAGCAGCAGUGCAGGCGCUCGUGCAGGAGGACCGACACUGUUUCCACGGUGCUCACUCCCCAGGAUCUUUCCUUUCCCUCUUUUUAGGGGGCUGUAAGUGCAGGCAAAGUGAACCAUGCUUUGUGGCCACUCAGCGUAAUUUUCUGGGGACCAAAGAACAGUGCAGCCAGGUCUGUUUCUCACACUGAGCUUUGGAGAGCAGCACCUUCCCGCCAGUCCCAGUUGUAUGCAGAGCAGGGAGAGGUGCCUUUUCCCUAGGAAGGGCUGCUGCUGCUGGGAGCUGGAGCUGGCAUCACUGCAAAUCACACUGCCCUCUGCCUGCCACUUACACAUGCAAAGAAGGUGCACUCUCAGAGGGCUGGUUUGGAGUCUGCGGCAUCGGGAGAACUGGACAGUGACACGGAACGGUUGUGGUUUUUCCCAUCCUGAUAGACUUGCCGAAGCAGUUUGAGAGCAUGCAGCAAGCUGCUGCUCCCACAUGCUACACUGGCUUCUUUCACAAACUAGCUGGAAUAAAGCUGCCAAGUAAUGUCC